CAUCGGUUCACUUCGUCCUGGGAACAGCAACUGUUCGCACAGCUCGUCUAGCCGCUUAUACCGUCAUGGCCCGCACCAAGCAGACUGCCCGCAAAUCAACCGGUGGGAAGGCACCACGCAAGCAACUAGCGGUAAAGGCUAUGCGGAAGUCUGCACCAGCGUCUGGUGGUAUCAAGAAGCCUCAUCGCUAUAGGCCUGGUACGGUUGCCCUUAGGGAAAUCCGGCGCUACCAGAAGUCCACCGAAAUGCUCAUUCGCAAGCUCCCUUUCCAGAGGCUCGCCCGCGAAAUCGCUCAGGACCGUCACGUUGACCUUCGUUUCCAGAGUUCGGCCUUACUUGCCAUGCAAGAAGCCUGCGAAACCUACAUCGUCGGGCUCUUCGAAGACUCCAACUUGUGCGCCAUUCAUGCCAAGCGUGUCACGAUUAUGCCUAAGGACAUUCAGCUUGCUCGGCGAAUCCGCGGUGAACGCGCGUAGUACUUUUAUACCUCGCAGCUCGCCAUGAGCUUUGUAAAUAUAUCCUCGCUGUACAUUCAUCUCAUUCCACCCAUCAUGUGUUUUUAACUUCAUGUCCAAUAAAGUCGCCUUCCCACAACUUU